AUGCGCCUAGUCACGCCCAAACGUGUGCCUAGCGUGCUUGCUGUGUGCCUGUCUGAGCUGUCAUCUAAGUUGGCACUUCCUGUGGAACCAGUGGCCACCUUUAGGUUCGUCAGCGGCAACUGCACAGCCGAAGUUCGGUUCCGAACGCAACCAUGCCAGUCUUCAGGAUCCCUUCAACGGCUAACCGUGAAGUUCAGCCCCUUCUUCGAGCGGCGCCUUGCCGGGCCACCUCCCCACCACGAACUGAUCGGCAUUAUUGGCAACGGCCGCCUCCACGUCCUUGAUCUCUCCCCGGCCGGCGGACCCAUCUCCGAGAUCGUUGCCUUCGACACAGCCGACGGCGCCUACGAUCUGGCUUGGUCCGAGUCUCACGACUCCUUCUCGUCGCCGCCAUCGCCGACGGCUCGGUCAAGCUCUAUGACCUUUCCUUGCCCCCUGCUUCCAACCCGUUCGACAUUCCACGAGCACACUCGCGAAAGCCACUCUGUUGAUUAUAACGCCGUUCGUAGAGACUCUUUCUCACCGCCUCCUGGGACGACACCGUCAAACUCUGGACCGUCGAUCGACCCACCAGCGUACGCACCUUCAAGGAGCAUGCCUACUGUGUCUACUCGGCUGUCUGGAACCCCCGGCAUGCAGACGUCUUUGCCUCUGCCUCAGUGUGUUUUGUGGGACUAUAUGGUGGAGGAUGCUCUUAUUGGGAGGUAUGAUCACCAUACAGAGUUUGCAGUUGGGCUGGAUAUGAGCGUGCUGGUUGUGGGGCUGUUGGCAAGCACUGGAUGGGAUGAGCUUGUAUAUGUUUGGCAACAUGGGACAGACCCAAAAGCGCCAUAA